CACGCACACGGCACGGUGCACAGGCAGCGAUCGGUGGAUCGUGAAAAGUUUUUUUUUCCUUGCAUUUCCCUCUUUCGCCUACCCGCUGGCUCGCUCGCUCCUUUCUUCUCCCCGCCCAACGCCCGGCCCCAGGCCUUGCAGCUUACUGCCCCGCCUGCUCCUUGCCGUCCUCCCGCUUGUCCUGCUGGCUGUUGGAGUGCAUGCGUAGAGGACGGCUCGCGAGCGUGCGUCAUGAACUUUGGGGGGAGGGCAGGGGAGGGGGGCGAGAACGGGUCUGGGUCCGGAGCUCAACGUCUCGUUCUUUUGGCGGGAGGGCAAGUAGGCAGGUAGGCAGACGAAGGUGGAGGCUCCCCAACAGAGCAGGCGGGAUGGGACCUGCGACGAGGCGUCGCGGUGAGUCUGGAGUGGGCGUCGGAUGGUGCUCUGAGAUCGCCUCCGCAGCCGGCGACUCGCGCGAUUCGACGCCCCCGAGGGUUCUUGCGGAGGCGAUGCGUGGGCGAGGGCGAUCCUCGCCGCUCUCCGCGCGCGCUUACGCAGUCCACCCCGGGGCGAGCCCCUCGAUGGAAAUAGGGCGCGGGCGCAGGUAUGCGCGGUCCGGAUGCAUGGCAUCGAGGGGUUUAUACAUAUGCCGUGCUGCUGCAGUCAGAGAGGCGGACGCGGAAGCAGAUGGAGAUUGCGAUGUUAUUGUGCCUUGCCAGGACCAGGGCCAGGGCAUAGGGCCGGAGUUGCACCUUCGGAUCUUCGAGGCGUUCUGGAUUCCUCACACGCUCUGCGGGUCGGCAAAGCGUACAGUACCCGAUGGCCCUCGAGUCUUUACUAUGGUCGAGCUUUAUACCUCAUAGCCGAUGCCGCGGGGUGCCCGGAUGGCCUCCCUCGCUCCUAAUCCGUGGCGGAGACUUCCGGGGCGGCCGUGCACGACUGAUGUGAGUAAGGGCGUGCGCAAGCUGUCCCUCCGUGGAUGGCUCGGUGCCCCUGCAAGAAGCUCUUCAUCCUCGCUGCGGCACUCUAGCCUUAGCACCUCGGUCUCCGCCUGGUUCCUGCUAGAUUCCACCAGGUCUUGGGGAACGACGCCAUCGCCGC